AUGGCGUCCAGGUUCGAUGAAGAUCUUUUCUGUCCGGUCUGCAGCGAGGUCUUCAGAGACCCGGUCAUCCUGUCCUGCAGCCACAGCUUCUGCAGAGACUGUCUGCAGGACUGGUGGAAGACGAAGGAGGAGCAGAGGUGUCCGGUUUGUGGGAGCUGGAGCUCAAAAGGACAUCUUCUUCCUAACAUCACCUUGAAGAAGCUCUGUGAGAGUUUCCUGCAGGAGGGUCUCUGCACUCUGCACCUCCAGAAGCUCAAGUUCUUCUGUCUGGACCAUCAGGAGCUGGUCUGUGAGGUCUGCAGAGACUCAGGGAGACACACCAACCACAGUUUCAGACCCGUCGAUGAAACCGCUCGAGAGCACAGGUUCUUUCUGGAGGAGACUCCAGAGUCUUUGGGCGAGAGUCUACGUUAUCUUCAGGAAGUUCAGGAGAAGUUUGAUCAAACAGCUGAACACAUUCAGGUCCAGGCCCGGCUCACAGAGAGGCGGAUUAAGGAGCAGUUCCUGAAGCUUCACCGGUUUCUAGAGGAGGAAGAGGAGGCCAGGCUGUCUGCACUGAGGGAGGAAGAGGAGCAGAAGAGUCGGAGGAUGAAGGAGCAGAUGGAGGCUCUGAGCAGACAGAUCGCAGAUCUUUCAGACACAGUCAGAGCCACAGAGGACCUGCUGAGAGCUGAAGACCUCUCAUUCCUGAAAAACUACACUCCAACAAUGCUCAAAAUCUUCCAACACUCCCAGAUCGAGGUUCCACAGCUGCCCUCAGGAGCUCUGAUAGACCAGGCCAAACAUCUGGGCAACCUGAGCUUCAACAUCUGGACCAAGAUGAAGGGUAUGGUCUCCUACUGUCCUGUGAUCCUGGAUCCAAACUCUGCUCAUCCUGAGGUUCUCCUCUCUGAAGAUCUGAGCUCUGUGAGCCGAGGAGAGGAGCAGCAGCUUCCUGAUAACCCAGAGAGGAUCUCUCAUGAUGGUUCAGUCCUGGGAUCUGAGAGCUUCGAGUCAGGGUCCCACAGCUGGGAGGUGGAGGUCGGAGAGAGCUCAGACUGGGAACUGGGAGUGAUGGAGAAGUCCAUCUACGGGGAAAGAGUCAGAUGGUCCACAUCAUGGGGGGUGAGACUCAGUGAUGGACUUUAUAAAACACACUCAUCAACAACAGGUGGACAGACCGUCCUCCAAGUGAAGAAACAUCUCCAGAAGAUCAGAGUGGAUCUGGACUUGGACAGUGGACAGCUGUCCUUCUCCGACCCUGAUACUGGAUCACACGUCCACACCUUCAAACCCACCUUCACCGAGAGGGUGACCCCGUUCAUGAAGACUGGAACCGAACCUUCACUGAGGAUUUCACCACUGAAGGUUUCUGUAACUGUGGAGCAACCGACACGGGGGGGUGAGGAAGACGAUGAGGAGGGUGAUGAGGAUCAUGAUCAUAAUGAUGUUCAAGAUGAUGAUGAUGAUGAUGAUGAGGAUGUUUAUGAUGAUGUUGCUGGUCAUGAUCAUAAUGAUGAACAAGAUGAUAAUGCUGAUGAUGACCAUGAUGAUGAUGAUGAUGAUGACUAUGAUGAGGAGGUUUAUGAUGAUGUUGAUGUUGCUGGUCAUGAUCAUGAGGUUCAAGAUGAUGACUGUCAACAAUGACAGAUAAGGACGUUGACAAUAAAAACAAAAAUAACAAUAAAAGUUGAGAUAGAAAUGAAAAGUUGAUGAGAUGGAUAUCUAUUUGAUAGCUGAUAAAGAUGAUGAUGAUGAUGAUAAUGAUGAUGACUAUGAUGAUGAUGAUUUUGAUGAUGUUGAUAGUCUUGAUCAUGAUCACAAUGAUGUUCAUGAUGAUGAUGACUAUGUCAACAAUGAGAGCUAAGGACGUUGAUCAUCAUCAUCAUCAUCAUGAUGUCCAUGAUGAUGAUGAUGAUGAUGAUGAUGAUGAUGUUGAUGUUGCUGGUCAUGAUCAUGAUGAUGAUGAUGAUGAUGAUGACUAUGAUGAGGAGGUUUAUGAUGAUGUUGCUGGUCAUGAUCAUAAUGAUGUUCAUGAUGAUAAAGAUGAUGAUGACCAUGUCAACAAUGAGAGCAAAGGACGUUGACAAUAAAAACAGAAAAUAACGAUAAAGUUGAGAUAGAAAUGAAAAUGAUGAUGAUGAUGAUAAUGAGGUUUCUGAUGAUGUUGAUGAUCAUGAUCAUCAUCAUCAUCAUUAUCAUCAACAUCAUGAUGUCCAUGAUGAUGAUGAUGAUGAUGUUGAUGUUGCUGGUCAUGAUCAUAAUGAUGUUCAUGAUGAUAAAGAUGAUGAUGACCACGUCAACAAUGACAGCAAAGAUAAUUAUGAUGAUACUGUUGUUCAUAUGAAGAUCAGGACCAUCCAGUCCUGGUUUUGGUCCUUGUCCCUCUUUAGUACAGAGAUUUCUUCUGAUCUUCUGAAUCUUUAAAUGAUCUGAUCUUCUGUAGACGAUGAAAUCCAUCCAGGAACUUAAUUCUGAACCUGUUAAAUUUUUCGCUCACACAGUCUCUCACAGAGUCCUGAACCUUUGAGAGACUCCGCCUCUCUGAAGGUCCGUCUUGGACCCGGUCAUGUGACUAACCUGUUGGACAUUCACAUCAAUGGUUGGAGAUGUUUCUCCAGAUGUUUGUUGAGCAUUAAACCUUUGGACCUGUUUUGUUGUUCCUCCCAUUAAAACCUGAGCAGAUGUCACUCACAUGUUUCUGACUUUUUUCCAUAUAAACUGUUUUUUUUUCGUACUCAGUUUAAGCGACGGUUUAAAUCACCUUUGAUAUUUGUCUCUCCUGGAAUGAAGGCUCUUCUGAUAAACAUGUUCCUCCAGUUUCACCACAACCAUGAAAAGCAAACGGCCCUGAGGUUUUUCUCAUGUGAACAGAUGACAGUGAUUUAGUCCAACAGUAAAGGUUUUAUUUCACUGAACAGAAGAACCUCAAUCAACAUUUUCCCCUAAAACAACAGAUCAGACAGAAGUUUGGGACCCCCGACGGUUUACUGACCUGCAGCCAGAAGACUCAGGAGAUUUAA